AGCUACCUGCUGCUAAUGCGGCUAACUGCCCUGCAGGGCGCGCGCGCAUAUGCGCGCGGCAUGACUCGGCGGAACCGCGGCACCGCAUUGCAGUGACUCGCGCGCACACAAAAGCCGCGUGUGGGCGGUGGCUCGUAACUGGAAGGCGCAGUUCGAAUCAAGAAAAACAAAAGUCUUCACUUCCGUGUUUGGCGUCCGGUUGCCAUAGCGACCAAACGGCAGCCCAGCACGAGCACGUCGGCGACUCGGCGUCCAACAUCAAACCUCGCGACAUGACGUCACCGGCAGUGGGCGUGGCCAGAGAGUCCACGCUGGACAAGCCGAUCAAGAUACAUUCCGAGGGUCCACCUUUGACUUCCGGAGCCAGAAGCAGGUUGCGCGGAGACGGGGGUGUGGCUGCAGCGUUGUCCCGGUGGAGGGUCCAAUCCCGACAGGAAGUCCCGCCCCCCCGUCGCCCCCCCGUCCCCAACUUUGUGACCCUGAACCAGGAAGCGGUGAAGUCGGGUCACGUGACUGCCAAACAACUGAGGGAGUACAGAGAACAGAUGGGCGUGGUCCAGCACUGCCCCGCCCACAAAGCGCACAGAGGCGGAGCUUCACAACGUCCGCAAGUUCCGGACAUAACCUUUGGAGUUAAAAACAGGGCACCGUCUCCGCUCUUCGACAUUUUGUCCCACGAGUACGCUCGCCGCUGGAUGCAGGAAAACAUGAAAGGUCGCAGCGAGCACGAGCGACGCCACGCAGUGAAGUGUGUGUCCUUUGCACACACGCGCACCUCUUUGCUGCGCACCAACACGGUGCUUCCUCACAUAAACACGCACACGCGCGCACGCUACGCACAGGUGGGCCCCGCUCUGGACACCUUCAGGACACGUCGCACAAGUCAUCACGUCAAGUGAACAAGUCGGCGAGAAAAGCCGUCGACGAGUCAAGUCGAUUUAGUGAAAGUGGAAAAUGAUGUCGUGAUGUGAUGUGAUGUGUGAAGGAAAGUUUGUGAAAAGAAAGAAAGAAAAGUUUGUGAAAAGCC